AUGGCCACAGGGCCCGACGCAGACGACAGCAUUGCAAGAAGGGCGCUUCGCUGCAGCGCGUGGAGCUGCUUGCUGUCGGGCGGACUGGCAGCGCUGCUAGCCGGAUUAGGCUGGGUCGAGCCGGUCCUGGCCUUGCUAGUACCCGAAGUGGCCUGGUUCCUUUGCGUGCCUGCCGUCCUCUUGCUGUUUCUGGGCCUCGCUGGCUUCUGCGCGUCCCGGCGGGCUCCUUCAAAGCUACUCCAGGCGCAGCUGGCUGUCUUUAGCUUUCUCGGCGCUCUCCUCCUGGCCGCCGCCGGGGUCUUCGUCUUCCACUACGCAGCAGCAGCGAGCCACUGGGUCUUCGAUGGCUGCGUGCACUUCAGGACCGAAGGUAUUUGGCCUGUCAGCCGUCUUGCGCCAAAGUUGAAGGAAGCCCAUGCGCAGUAUACACAGCUGGCUUGCGGAUUCACGAGGUGCCGAAAGCUCAACCCGCUGAGCAUCGACUUGGGGAGCUGUGGCCCCCGCGCGGAGUGCGAAGGGGGACCUCGCGUGGACUCGCUUCCAUUCUUCUCCUGGAUGCAGCACCUCCAGGUCGUUUACCAUUGCGGUGGCUUCUGUCAAGCCGAGGUGCCUCUCUUCGGAUUGACCAGCAUGGAGGCGAUCCGUGAAACACUUCAUGAAAGACCUGCCUGCGUUGACACCGUGGUGGAGCUGCUGAUGCUUGUGGGCCGAGGAUUCGGCGCGGUUGCAGCCGUCAUCUCUUUGCCUGUCUUCUUCGCAGCUCUGCGCGUCGCGUGUGCCGCCGGGCGCGAGCUUGACGACACCAGCAGCUCCGACGAGAUGCGCGAGCCAUUGAGCGGGAGGCCAGACCGCAGCCAUCGCAAGAAGCGGGCAGAUGCGGAGGACUCUGAUCCCGACGAUGACUAUUUGUGA